AACACAUGCAAGAAGAUGCUGUCAAACAAGUUGGUGUCAGGAACAUUUGCACUAGCUCUUCUUAGCAUUGUGUCUGGACAACCCGGCUCAGUUGGGGAGCUUAAGAUUCGAAAGAUGAUUCUAAAAAACUAUGACAGGGUAGUUAGACCAGCAACUGGCUCUGAAUUUCCAAUCGACAUUGGCAUUAAACUGACAAGUAUCGAUAAUGUGGACGAUAAAAAACAGACGAUUACUAUGAAAUCCUGGGUUGUCAUGUCAUGGAAUGACACUUUCAUCAGGUGGAACAUAUCAGAAAAUCAUGGUGUACGUCAACUGCACUUUUUACCCACAGAAAUCUGGUUCCCUGAUAUUGCAUUGUAUAACAACGGUGACCCUGAUGUUCCURUAGCGGGCGGCACCGCAAAGUUUCUUUCAAAUGUCAUCUGUAGCUUCAAGGGUAGAUGUGUUUGGAGUGGGGGCACAUCUUUCACCGCAGCCUGUAGGCUCUACAUAAAACAAUGGCCUUUCGAUACUCAAACGUGUAGUUUUCAGUUUGGAUCUUCUUCGUAUGGCAAAAAUCUGCUUCAACUUCGAACUUUCAGCGUCAAAGAAUAUUUUCCAAAAGGAAACAACAACUGGGACGUCGAAUCUUUGGACGUCGUGCUAAAUGAAACCGAUCAUGGUAACUGCUGCCCUUACAAGUUUUCCCAAAUCACGUACAUUCUAAAGAUCAAGCGACUUUUUCGCUACGAGAUGUUUUAUGUAUUCGGCCCUUGCUGUAUUCUCACUAUAUUGUCAAUGUUGAGCUUCCUCAUCCCGUCUGAGAGUGGGGAGAGGAUAGGUUUUGUCACAACACUGUUGCUAAGCCUGAUGGUGUACUUGCUAGUUGUUCCUGAAUCUUUACCAGUUUCGUCUAUCGAGAUUCCAAUACUUGGAAGAAUCGUCAUGCUAACACUUGUCCUCAUUUCAUUUGUCUUGUUGGCUACGAUUGUUGUCUUGAGAUGCUUCUUUCGAACUGAUGCGCCUCCCAAAUGGCUUGGACUGUUGGCCUGCAAGAAAUCCUCUCCUGGUCGAACUACUCCGGUUAAAGAGCAUGCUGAGGAGCAAAAAGAGCAUUUCCCAUCAAGAGCUGUUCCACCAGGUUCCGACGUCGUAAGCGUUCGUGACGAAAGCUCAACCAAGACAUCUGAGCUAAGUACUAGUGAACCCGAGCCUGGUGGCGUUUCGUGGCAAGAUAUUUCGAUCAAACUUGAUGUUAUCUUUUUAUUUCUUUUUGUUUUCAUAGGUGUCGUAGCAUAUGUCGGCAUCAUGGCACACAGUGAUGUUUUGAAGUAAGACAGAAAAGUAGGAAAUUUUGGGACUUUUGCGUAGGAAUAUAACACGGUUUUUCACUUGCAGAGUUUCUGAAUAUAAGCACGCUUCUUUUAAUGUAUCUCCGGCAGAAA